GGCCCGGUCGUGGUGGUGCGACAGCGGCAGGCGGCCAACGCGCGGGAGCGGGACCGCACGCAGAGCGUGAACACGGCCUUCACGGCGCUGCGCACGCUCAUCCCCACCGAGCCGGUGGACCGCAAGCUGUCCAAGAUCGAGACGCUGCGCCUGGCGUCCAGCUACAUCGCGCACCUGGCCAACGUGCUGCUGCUGGGCGACGCGGCCGACGACGGGCAGCCGUGCUUCCGGGCGGCCGGCGGGGCCAAGAGCGCCGUCCCCGCCGCCUCCGACGGCGGCCGUCAGCCGCGCUCCAUCUGCACCUUCUGCCUCAGCAACCAGCGCAAGGGGGGUGGCCGUCGUGAUCUGGCGGGCAGCUGCUUGAAGGUGAGGGGGGUGGCCUCCCUUCGAGGGUCUCGGAGAUGAGCCUGGACCCCUGUGGCGUUUGCUCCAAGCAGGACCCUGGAGAAGAAGGCCAGAGGCCAGCCGCUGGUAGAUAGGGAAGAAGAUCCCACGAGCCGAGCCCAACCCUUCUUUGUGUAGGGACCAGAGGACAAUGGCCUGGGCCUAUGACCCUCUGGUCAGGCCCCCUGGGACAUCUCCACCCCACCCUGGAGAGCCGUGAGGACCCAUCCGGCCGGCCCCAGCCCUGGCUGGUCAGAGACAAGGCAGAACUUUUGGAAAAACAAAGACUUGGUGACAGAGGACGUGUGCGUGUCUGUGCAUGAGUGUGUGGGUGUGUGUGAGAGAGAGAGAAUUGGUGGGUUUAAAAUAAAAGGUAUUUUUAA